AUUUUGUUGACAUUCGUUCGGUGGCUUUCGCAUCGCAAAGAACGGUUGUUUCGCGGUUUCUUGUUUUGUGGUUUCCUCCCGCAUCUUGCUCCACUCACACACUGCUGGCGCUUCUCCCACACAUCACAGCCGCGGGGGUCCCAUCCACCAAUCGUCAAAAUUCACGACAUCGGUGAACGCAUAAUCAUCAUCAGCGGAAAUCCGUGCGAAAAACAUCGGUGUUUUGAUCGAUAUUCUGAUGUAAUUUUGGGAACUUCAGUAGGUAGUGCACCGUGGAAUCCGUAUCGUAAAAGUGUGUAAAUCCAAUGAAUGCGAUAUGAAUGACGAGGAUUUGCGGGUGAAAAUUUGAUGUGCGAUCUCGACUUCGAAAACAUCGGAGCAGUCAACAAAGAAAGGCGGAGGAGGCGUAACGCUAGAGCCCUUAUUUGAUCUACCUACCAAUUGCCGCCCCUUAUCCACGUCAUCGUCCGGCCCAGGCAGGUGGUGCCACCGUCGUCGUCGUCGUCGCCGCUAUUGUGUAAAGAAUGAUAGCGGCCAACAACACCCGCAGUACCAACAAUGAUCCGGUGGAGUCGUCGGAAUCGUCUCCCAUUACGGGAGCAGCGAAUGGGGGCUCAUCGCGGUUGAUGCGUCAGUUCGGAAGUUUGUUCCAACCGGCGCAGCAGCGCAAUGACCCCGCCGGAUAUGUGGAGUUUGGAAGCAUCUCCGAGGGGGAUGCCCAUUCCGGCCGAACGCUGGGAACGUUUGCCGGGGUGUUCUGUCCGGUGGCGCUGUCCAUGUUCAGUGCGUUGGUGUUCAUUCGAGUUGGAUUCAUCGUUGGAAACGCCGGCCUGUAUGUUACGCUGCUGCAGUUUGUGAUAGCUUAUGUAAUUUUGUUGUUUACCGUUUCGUCUGUCUGCGCUAUCUCGACGAAUGGAGCUGUUGAGGGAGGUGGUGUCUAUUUUAUGAUCAGUCGUACGCUGGGUCCCGAAUUUGGAGGAUCAAUUGGCACGUUGUUCUUCCUGGCCAACAUCGUUGGGUGUGGAUUGGCCAUUUCAGGAUGUGCUGAAGGAUUGAUUCAGAACUUUGGCCCCACGGAUGGAGGUGAUGUUGGCUCCAUCCCAGAUGGCCGAUGGUGGCGAUUUUUGUACUGCAGUUCGAUCAAUACCGUUAUGCUGCUGGUGGUGCUCAUUGGCGCAGAGAUGUUCGCCAAAACGUCGAUGAUGAUUUUAGGAGUGGUGGUCGUUUGUCUGCUGUCAACGUAUGUAAGCUUUCUAUCGAUGGGACCGAUGGAAGUGGCGAUUCCCGUGGAAAAUGACUUGGUACAGAAUGCGACCAACAAAGCACUAGGCAGUUACACUGGACUGAACAUGAGCACAUUGGCAGCGAAUCUCUAUAGCCACUAUGGACAGGAUUACACGUCUAGUGGUAACGCAGUAAAUUUUGCGGUAGUCUUUGGUGUAUUAUUUUCCGGCGUUACGGGAAUUAUGGCUGGAGCCAACAUGUCCGGUGAACUCAAAAAUCCGUCUCGAAGCAUUCCCAGUGGAACUCUGUCAGCUGUUCUGUUCACGUUCCUCUGCUACAUUGCCCUAUCGGUGUUGAUGGCUGCAACGACUUCCACGUUCCUAUUGCAAAACAAUUUCCUAUUUUUGGGACCGGUGAACUUAUGGCCAACGUUCGUGACUAUCGGAAUCCUCACGGCCACUUUCUCAACAGGAUUGAGUAAUCUGAUUGGAUCCAGUCGAGUAUUGGAAGCUCUAGCCAAAGACAGAGUGUUCGGAUCUCUGCUGAACUUUGUCGUACGAGGAACAUUCAAGAGCAACCCGAUCGCAGCCGUUAUUGCCAGCUGGGCGUUAGUGGAGGCAAUCCUCUUGAUUGGAUCAUUGAACACAAUAGCCCAAAUCAACUCCGUUCUGUUCAUGCUGUCCUACUUGGCCACCAAUCUUGCAUGCCUUGGAAUUGAAAUCACCGGAGCACCGAACUUCCGGCCAACCUACAAAUACUUUACUUGGCACACGGCAUUCAUCGGUAUGGUGGGCACCGGAGUCAUGAUGUUCGUCAUCAAUCCCAUCUACGCUUCUUGCAGCGUAACUCUUUGCCUGCUCCUAGUAUUUGCCUUGCAUUUCUUCUCGCCAGCAUCGCAGGGAGCCCAGUGGGGCUCAAUCUCGCAGGCCCUCAUGUUCCAUCAGGUGCGGAAGUACCUUUUGAUGUUGGACUCUCGCAAGGAUCACGUCAAAUUUUGGCGCCCGCAAAUGCUACUCCUUGUGUCCAGCCCGCGAUCCUGCUGUCCGCUGAUCCACUUCGUCAACGACAUGAAGAAAGGCGGCCUGUACGUAAUUGGUCACGUAAAAGUAGGGGAAUUCUCCGAAAAUGACUCCUCCAACGAUCCGACCAUCGAAGAGUACACACAGUGGCUGUCGCUCAUCGACCAUAUGAAGGUUAAGGCCUUCGUGGAACUUACCUUGUCGAAAAGUGUUCGCGAAGGAAUCCAGCAUCUGAUCCGAAUUUCCGGCAUGGGAGCCAUGAAACCGAACACCAUCAUUCUCGGAUUCUACGACGAGGAACAAUCCAAAGACUUUUUUGAACACGAAAAUUCCCCGUACAAAACGGCCGAGUUCGACGACAACGGCAUAAAACUGUUCCCGUUCCGGCGCAGUGGCGAGCAAAAGCCGCUUCUCGCCACGGACUACGUCCAGAUCAUUGACGACGUGCUCCGGAUGAAGAAGAACAUCUGCCUCUGUCGGCACUUCCAUCGGUUGGACAAGCAGAUGAUUGCCCGCAGCAACCACAUCCGCUACAUCGACGUUUGGCCGGUGAACAUCUUCGAGCCGAAGAACGAGGACCCGUUCGACGUGGUGUCGCAAUUUAUGAUGCAGCUGGCUUGCAUCAUCAACAUGCUGCCGGUGUGGAAGCGACUGGAAUUGCGCGUCUUUCUGUGCGAGUCGGAAUCCCAACCGGAACCCAGUAGUUUCCAAAUGAACAGUGCUCCGUUUGAGCGACCGGCCGAACAUCGGUUGAGCAUGCUGCUCAAAUCGCUGAGGAUUUCCGCUUCGAUACAUCAGAUUCCUGAGUGGGGUAAGGACAUGGAUGUCUCCCGGCAUCGAAACAUUCUGAAGCAGUUUACCAGUCAGAGCGAUAGCAACCAAGUGAUGACGGAAGAGAACGUGAACCGCUCGAAGCUGUAUAUGCAAAGAGUCAAUCAAAUCAUCCGUGAUAAAUCGAACGCCACGGCAGUAACGUUCAUGUACCUGCCGGCGCCACCGAAACUUUCGACGAUCGACUACAAGGAAAAAUGCCACCACUAUUUGGGUCUCCUCACCGAGCUGACGUACGACUUGCCACCGACGAUAUUGGUUCAUGGAAUCAACUCCGUGAUGUCCACCACGCUGUAGAAAACCGGAACUACAGAGAGAGUACUCACAGCACGCGUUCACACAUCCUCUAAGAACAAUGAUAAGGUUCAACCUGUUUCAAAUGACACCCCCUAAUCCCCACUGGUUUGGAUGAUAUCUGUUUGAUUUGAUUGGAACACGCAC